GUUGCAAAGAUUGAGAACAUACUCGGACAUGGUUAAAAAAAAAAAAGGCCCAUUUUCAAUCGAACCGGGAAACCCUAAACCCAAGAAAAAACAACACAAGAUUCAUCGAGCCGAUGGCCGGCGGAGGCAACGGCGGCGGCGGAGGCAGCGGCAAGUGCAAGGAAGAGGAGCAAGACGGAGUGUCGGUGCAUUCUCCGUGCAAAGCGCCCCUUUCCUCUGCGUCUUCUCUCCCCCAGGAGCAGUCGCAGGUCGAAUUGGAGCUCAGGCUGCUGGAAGCUCUCGAGAGGUACCCUCCCGCCAAGUUGCAAGGUAUACAUCGUCACUUCGUCCUUUACGGGCUAAUGGAGCACCUGCGAAGAAGCUUCGACCGUCAUUUCUCUGCUGACGAGGUUUUACAGCUGCUGGAUCGUUUCUACAACUUGGACAUGCUGAAACCGGAUGAGGAUGAAUCUGACAUUCUAAACCAAGAGGAAGAUUUCAGCUUGCCACAGAGCUAUUUCGUCAAGGAAGAGCCUUAAGCCCAUGAAGGGUACAUUAUUUUUUUCAAUUCUGGAGACCUUCUUAGCUAUCAUUGCCCAGCAUGUUCAUGGGACGAAUUUGUCAUUGCUGUACAUACUUAUUCCAAAAUUUGCAAGAAUAAUGUUACUGUUUCAAUGACCGAUGUAAGGCACAUAUUUCAGCUUUCGUUUCCAGUCUGCCAAUCUAUAUCCGUUGUUUUUCUUUA